AUGAGUUAGUUCGAGCAUUGCUCGCUCGGGCUUUAAAACUUGUUUAUUCUAAACUCAUCCGCUAAGUGUUAUGCAGUCUGACGCUAUUGCGCUUUCGCAGAGACAAGACAGCAUAGCAUUGGUAGCGCAUUGCAAUGGCGACGGAGAGGGAUAAGACAAAGAAGAAGGCUUCAGCUCUCUCACUCCAAGAAUUCGUCUCUAUUAUGGCUCCUUUAAUUGAUUUGGAAAAGGAAGCUGAGAUAUCAGCUUCUAUCAGUUCAGGGGCGUCUAGAAACUUGGAUAGUGCUCAAAAGAGGGGUUCUACAGUUCUCAAUUUGAAGUGUGUUGAUGCUCAGACAGGGCUUAUGGGGAAAACUCUUCUUGAGUUCCAAUCUAAUAAGGGGGACGUUCUUCCUGCUCACAAGUUCAGCCCUCAUGAUGUGGUGGUUUUGAAACCAAACAAAGCUGAUGUCGGAUCUCCUGCUCUUGGGCAAGGUGUGGUUUACCGCCUAAAGGAUUCCUCUAUUACUGUUGCUUUUGAUGAUAUACCAGAAGAGGGUUUAAAUAGUCCCCUACGUUUGGAGAAAGUGGCAAAUGAGGUGACAUAUCGUAGGAUGAAGGAAGCAUUAAUUCAAUUGAGCAAAGGUGUGCAGAAGGGCCCUGCUGCUGAUUUAAUUCCUGUCCUAUUUGGAGAGAGACCGCCAACAGUAGCAAAGAAGGGUGUUACAUUCACGCCAUUUAACUCCAAUCUUGAUCAUUCUCAGAAAGAAGCAAUUUCAAAGGCCUUGUCAUCAAAGAAUGUAUUUUUGCUGCAUGGGCCACCUGGAACUGGAAAAACUACAACCGUGGUGGAAAUCAUAUUGCAAGAAGUGAAACAUGGAUCAAAGAUCCUUGCUUGUGCUGCUUCAAAUAUUGCUGUGGACAACAUUGUUGAGCGACUUGUUCGCCACAGAAUAAAGUUGGUGAGAUUGGGGCAUCCUGCACGCUUGCUACCUCAAGUGUUGGACAGUGCGCUUGAUGCACAGGUACUAAAGGGGGACAAUAGUGCUCUUGCAAAUGACAUCAGGAAGGAGAUGAAGGCACUAAAUGGAAAGUUGUUAAAAACCAAGGACAAAAGCACUAGAAGAGACAUCCAAAGGGAGCUCCGGUCUCUUUCAAAAGAAGAACGCAAAAGACAGCAACUAGCUGUGUCAGAUGUAAUUAAAAAUGCUGAUGUGGUGUUGACAACCUUGACUGGUGCAUUAUCUCACAAGCUGGACAGUACUUCAUUUGAUUUGGUCAUUAUUGAUGAAGCUGCUCAGGCGCUUGAAAUAGCUUGCUGGAUUGCUUUAUUAAAGGGUUCAAGGUGUAUUCUUGCAGGAGACCAUCUUCAGCUUCCUCCAACCAUCCAAAGUGUUGAAGCUGAGAAGAAAGGCUUAGGAAGAACUCUCUUUGAACGCCUUGCAGACUUGUAUGGUGGUGAAGUUACUUCUAUGCUCACUGUCCAGUACCGAAUGCAUGAACUUAUUAUGAACUGGUCAUCUAAGGAGCUGUAUGAUAGUAAGAUCAAGGCCCAUUCUAGUGUUGCUGCACAUAAGCUUCUUGAUCUUGAACGUGUAAAGAGGUCUUCAUCCACAGAACAGACCCUUCUUCUCAUAGACAUUGCUGGAUGUGACAUGGAGGAAAAGAAAGAUGAAGAAGAUAGCACAUUGAAUGAAGGAGAAGCUGAAGUUGCUGUGGCCCAUGCAAAGAGACUUGUUGAGAGUGGUGUUCAGGCUUCUGAUAUUGGAAUAAUUACCCCUUAUGCAGCUCAGGUUGUCUUGCUGAAGAUAUUGAAGAGCAAUGAAGAUAAGCUAAAGGAUAUGGAAAUCUCAACAGUUGAUGGUUUCCAAGGCCGAGAGAAGGAAGCCAUUAUUAUUUCUAUGGUUCGAUCAAACUCAAAGAAAGAGGUGGGGUUUUUGAGUGAUCACAGACGAAUGAAUGUAGCUGUGACACGGGCAAGAAGACAGUGUUGCCUUGUCUGUGACACCGAGACAGUGGUUAGUGAUGCAUUCUUAAAAAGAUUGAUUGAAUACUUUGAGGAACACGGGGAGUAUCUAAGUGCCUCAGAGUACCGCAAUGAAUAAUCAAAUAUCCGAGGAGAAGGCCUUUGCAAUGUUGCAUCAGGGAUCACGAUAUCGUUCCUUAAAUGUAUUAGGGGCAAAAGAAAUAUGAUAUUCUCUUAAAAAUUGAUUUUACUUGGCAUCAUAUAUCUAUAGCAACUAAAAGAACUUUGUUAAUCAGAAUUUGAGACCGGUCUUAGCCGGAUUUUCUUUUGCAUCACAUUCACAAGAAAUUAAACGCAUGAAAUUAAACUUUUUCUCAUCA